GGGGCACACAACACGUCGUCGUUUUACUCUUCCCAAACAACAUCAAAAACCUUUCCCCGCCAAAAACUCAAUCAUUUCACAACCGCGUAAAUCACGCUUAAAAUCAAACACUCCUUUUCCCACGUGGCACUCUUUCAUUGGCCGUCACUCGACAAUCGUAACCACCAUCCAACCACCGUAAAGCGCACACUCAACACCUCAAAAAAGCGUUCCCUUUUCCUCUCUUUUCUUUCCCUGUUUCACUCACUGAGUACCAACUCAAUCCCUUUUUGCCACCGAGUGGUAACUCGGUCCCGCGACACAAUCAUCACGUCCCUCAGUACUGCAUAAAAUCUCCCAAUGAAUCUUUCCCGAGACUCCAAACUUCAAUCCGCCUUUCGAUGCUUCUCUGAAAUUCUCAUUUCCGUUUGUACUAAUUUCCUUUUCUUUCUAUGGAAACUCGCGAAACCGCCGCAAAAUCGGGCGAAAAUCCGAUCAACGGAAUUAGGAAAGUGAAUUUACGAGCUGAGAUUGAUACAUCGCCACCGUUCGAGUCAGUCAAGGAGGCCGUCACCCGCUUCGGCGGAAGCGGGCCAUGGUUACCUCUUUACAGACUCGGAGAAGCUUUUAACAACUUUGAAGAUUUUGAUUUAAAGAAAGUGGAGGAACAAGCUGCGGAGUUGGAGAAAGACUUAAUUGUGAAAGAACUCGAAACACUUGAUGUGCUCGAAGAGCUCGGCGCGACGAAAAGGAUUGUGGAGGAUUUAAAGCAGCAGCUACAAAAAGAGGCAUUGAAAUUGUCCGGGACUCCGGAUUUGCAUUCUUAUGAACAUGUUGGAGCUCCAGUUGUUAAGGAGAUGAAUAAGGAAAGUAAUGGGAAUAGAGUCAACAAUGAAGAGCAGAUAUUGCAAUCACCUGAUAUGAUUUUAAUGGAACUGAAACAAGCCAAGGUGAACCUUGGUAAUACUAUGAAUGAGCUUGAGGCGAUACAAUCGUCGGUUGAGUCUUUGAAUAAGAAGAUGAAGAAAGAGAAAGCUUAUCUGGAGAGGACGAGAGAAAAGCUAGCGUUGAAGUUUGCAGCUAUUUCUGCUCAGGAGAAGGCCCAAGAGGAAGCGAGAUUGAGUCCACCACCAUCGUCUCGUGUGGAAUUCACUUUCGAUGUUCCUGCAAAUAUGAGGGAUUUUGUUUGUGAUUCGGAGCAGAACAAUGGAAUGGUUGAAACAAGAAGAUCUGAAGUUUCAAAGCCGUUGUCGUUGUAUGAAGAACAUGGGUUUAGUGUUAAAAACGCGGAGAUGAGGUGGCUUGCAGCCAAGAAGAUGGAAGAAGCUGCAAAGGCAGCAGAAGCUAUUGCUCUUGCUGAAAUCAAGGCUCUAUCUGGUGCUGAUAGAUCGUAUGAAUUUGCUCUACCAGAGCCUCGGAAGGUCACUUUUUCUUUGGCUGAAAACUCUCCUCUAAAUCCCGGGACUAUGAUGAUACCUGAGGAGUUUAACUUGAAGAAGAUAAUAGAUUCGAAGUUUCAAAUGGAUGAAACAAAUAUUUCCAAACUGACUAUUCUGAAAAAGCUGGAGGAGGCAUCUGAAGAAAUUCUACACAGCAAACAAGUCUUAAAUGAUGCUUUAAACAGAAUUGAAAUUGCAAACAGAAAGCAACAUGCUGCUAAGGAAGCUCUUCGAAAAUGGAUACCCGAGGUUGAUCUAAAGGAGAAACCAGUUUAUAACUCUUUUAAUUUCAACAAGUUUAAUCAAGCUGGAAUUCGUCACGAUUCUUCUCUACCAGAUGGAACCAGGUCAACAAUAGCAAACAAUACUCCAAAGCGUGUUUCGAGGCCAACAACUUCAAUGAGAGAUGUGCUUAGCAGAAAGCAAGUUCCUGAAGGAUAUGCUGCAAGGAAGGAAAUGGAAGAGCAUACUGAAAGACGGAAGGUAGCAUUGAGUCAAAUGCUUCAAGCAUUGAGGGAAGAUCUAACUCUUUCGCCAGAACCUGAGAAAGAUCAUCGGAGUGAUCAAAAGCAGUCCGCGACACCAAGGAAGAAGUUUGGAUUCAUCCAUAUAUCACUCCCUAUGUCCAGGACAAGUAAGAAAAGGACGUGAAACUUCAUUCUGAGUUACUGUUACCAGGCCAUUCAUGAUUCGUUAUUGGUUCUUGUGUUUGAUUUCCUGUUAUUUAUGUAGAAUAAAGUUUGUGUGGGUGUCUAAUUUUGUUAAAUAUGUUGUGUUUGAGGCUUUGAGUGAAGGUGUAUAUUCUGAAACUAGCUUUGGUGGGAGCUAGUAGAUUAUGUUUUUCUCAUUGGAUGCAUUAUGGGUCUGAUUGUAAGUUUAUUAAGUAUAAUGAUCAUGUGGAUGCCUUGUUGUA